GCCACGCCACACCGCCCUGGCAUCGUAUCGGCUCCCUGGCUGUCGCAUCACCGAACGGGGAGGGGCUGUGGUUCUCACUAUUGGCUGCUACUGUAUUACCGACAGCAGCUUUACGGUAGGGCAGCGGCCAGAGAGGAUGUACGUGAAUGGUGUUCCUUUCAUCUCCUUGGAGCGCUGAAUAUAUUUGUUUUCACCAUGGUUAUGAGGGGACUCUAGCGGGAUUUGUUCAUGCUAUUUUGAAGCACAGAAACCUCCAAACAGCGCGCUGUUUGGACAUACAGAAAGGAUACAAAAAGGAUACAACACGCGGAUACAUUCUGCGGACACCGCGAGAGCAGGAGAGGAGCAUGUAACCGGGAGACGAACACCGGCGGCGGCACCACCUGACUUCUCUCACUGGCGCUCCUCGUUCCCUCUUGAUUUGAGGCUUUUGAAUGUGUUGACUGGACCCUGCUCAUCAUUUUGGAUAUUACCCUCAGCAAAAUGAGCGAAGAAGUGUCAGAGGUUCCCAAAGAGCUGCUAGAGAGCGUGAGGGAUGCAGUGGGGAGGAAGGUGAAGCUGUCUUUGAGGAAAAGAGUCAAACUGGAGAUCAAAGGAGAUAAGACAGAGAACAGAGUGUUGGCUCUUGCGUCUCACCGAGUCUACCUCUUAACAGCACGCAUUCCUGCCAAGGUUGAACACUCCUUUAAUUAUCUGGAGAUCCAGGGGGUCGCUUGCAAUAAGCCUACACAGUUGAUCUUAGAGUAUGAACGUGGCUCCUUCUCCCUGAAGCUGCUCUCUACAGAGGAGGUCAACGAGGUGGUCGCUCACAUAGGGAACUGUCUCCUGAGGAUAUGUCCUGGUCUACCCCCAAAUAAAGUAAUGAAGAAGCUCUGCAUGGAGCCUACGGACAGGCUGACCUCUCUGCAGACUCUAUGGGAGAACAACAAGCCAGCUGAACCUGGACCUUGCGGUGGCUUUUCUCAGAUGUACAGAUGUGUUUGUGACUGGUUAGGUCUGCCUUACAGAGAAGAAGUGCAGUGGGAUGUGGACACCAUCUAUUUAACUCAAGACAGCCGAGAACUCAACCUGCAGGACUUCAGCCAUCUAGAGAACAGGGAUCUGGUGGCUAUAAUAGCUGUCCUGGAGUUUAAUCAGUGGUUCUCCAAGCUCUCCACCAAGGACUAUAAACUGUCUGCAGAUGUGUGUGAGCAGAUCCUUCGGGUAGUGUCUCGUUCGAGUCGAUUGGAAGAAUUGGUUCUGGACAACGCAGGACUCAAAAUCGAUUUUGCCCAGAAGCUUGCAGGUGCCCUGGCCAAUAACCCCAGCUCAGGACUCACCACCAUUAAUCUUGCCAACAACCAGCUGGAGGACAGAGGUGUCUCCUCCUUGGGUGCUCAGUUUGCCAAACUUCGCAUUGGGCUCAAGCAUUUAAACUUCUCCAAAACCUCACUAUCACCCAAAGGGGUGAACAGCCUUUGCCAGUCACUGAGUGCCAACCCGUCCAUCCCCAGCAGCCUGGUCCAUCUAGACCUCUCAGGGAAUGUCCUUAGAGGAGACGACAUGCAGCAUUUCUACCACUUCCUGGGUCAACCUAACAGCCUGGCCACCCUAGACCUCUCCAACACUGACUGCUCAUUGGAUCAGGUUUGCUCGGCUCUACUGCGAGGUUCAGUCGAACACCUCUCUGUUCUGAAUGUGUCAAAGAGUGUCUUCCCUCACAGGAAAGGAAAAGAGGUGCCUCCAUCAUUCAAGCACUUCUUCAGCAGUGCUAUGUCUCUCAGCUCCAUCAACGUGUCAGGAACCAAGCUCCCACCAGAGGCCCUCAAAGCUCUACUGCUCGGCCUGGCCAGUAAUCUCAGUCUGAAGGAUGUGUCUGUAGACCUCAGCUGCUGUGAGCUUGGCCAUUGUUUGCGGUCAGGAGGUUCUCAAAUCCUUGAAGGUUGUAUCGCAGAGAUCCCAAACAUCUCCAGUCUGGAUAUCUCUGACAAUGGCCUGGACUCAGAUCUGUCCACGCUGCUGGUGUGGCUGGCCAAGAACCGAUCCAUUAGACAUCUCUCCCUGGGAAAGAACUUCAACAACAUCAAGUCCAAAAACCUUGCCCCAGUGUUGGACAGCCUGGUCCAUAUGAUUCAGGAAGAAGAGUCGCCCCUCACCUCUCUGUCCCUUGCAGACUCCCGACUAAAGAGUGACCUGACAAUUGUGCUGAACGCCCUCGGCAGCAACUCUUCACUCACCAGGUUAGACAUCAGCGGGAAUGCCAUGGGGGACAUGGGAGCCAAGAUGCUGGCCAAGGCACUUCAGAUCAACUCCAAACUCAGGACUGUGAUUUGGGAUAGAAACAACACCAGCCCUCAGGGUCUCCAGGAUGUAGCAGCUGCUCUGGAGAAGAAUUUCACCAUUCGUUUCAUGCCCAUCCCCAUCAUCGAUGCUUCCCAGGCUUUGAAGGCCAGCCCGGAGAAAACUGAGGACGCCUUGCUAAGGAUUGAGAACUAUCUGUACAGGAACCAUGAAACCAGAAAAUACCUUCAGGAGCAGGCAUAUCGACUACAGCAAGGCAUUGUAACCACAACUACACAACAGAUGAUUGAAAGGAUUUGUGUGAAGGUGCAGGACCACCUAAACUCACUGAGGAACUCAGAGACAGAGGCUAUAUUGGAGGAUGUCAGGUCAGCAGAGAACCUCAUCAAAGAUGCCAGAAACUCUAAAACGCUUCUACCUAACCUCUACCACCUGGGAUCAACAGCCAGAGAGGAGGUCAACAGCUCAUCAGCAGGACCCAUCCAGGAAAAACUAGAGUCUAUGGCUGGGGAGGUGACGACUGUAAUGGACCAACAACUGCAGACUCUAUUAGAGUCCAUGGUAGAAGCUGCAGAGUCUCUGUGUCCUCACGUGAUGAAGAGGAGUAAUCUUCGCCCUGAGUUAAUGAAGGCCAGCUCAGCUAAGAUGGUCGUGCCCAAAAGUUUUGUUACCAAAACCCUCCUGGAGCAGUCUGGAGUAGAUAUCAUCAACAAGAUCAGUGAGGUGAAGCUGAGUCUAGCGUCUUUCCUGUCAGAUCGCAUUGUGGAUGAGAUUUUGGAGUCUCUGUCCUCUUCCCAAAUAACUCUGGCGGAUCAUUUGGUGCGGAGAGGUCGCCCUUUGGUGCAACAGGAUUCGGUGGAUCUGGAUGUCCCAGAGGAGAAAAUUCCUAAACGAGCAUCAACAGAAAUACUGGAGGCUGAGAGGCUGGAUGACCUAGAGACAUGCAUGAUGACCCCUAAGACCAAGAGGAAAAGCAUCCACAGCAGAAUGCUUCGACCUGUGUCUCGUGCCUUUGAGAUGGAGUUUGACCUGGACAAGGCCCUGGAGGAUGUCCCUAUUCACAUGGAGGACACCUCUUCUAGGACUCCACCUACUCCCUCUCAAAAUCUGCCAAAACUGGAGCACCGUACACCCGGGGCAAUGGUGGAGCUUCCGUCUGAAGAAGAAAAGAAGCUGCAGCAUUUCACUAAACUGCGACCCCGACGGAACAAGAAAAUGAAUUCCAGCAAAGUACCUCAAAUAAACAUGGCUCCAUCUCAGGAUGGAGAACAGAAUGGCCUCAUGGGAAGGGUGGAUGAAGGUGUGGAUGAGUUCUUCUCCACAAAAGUCACCAAGAUGGAUUCCAAACGUUCCCUGAAGAGUUCAGAAUCUCAGGAUGGAGAGAAGAAGAAAAGCAAAGGAGGAUUCCUCAACCUCAUCAAGCGUUCCACCAAAUCAGACAAAUCAGAUAAGUCUGAGAAAAACCAGCCGCCCCUGUCAUCCACUACAGCCUCAAUACCAGCUUCUACAAUCCCUGAGGAGCCCUCCUCACCAAAACAGGCAGUAAAGAGCCCAGCACCUGAGCCAAAGUCUAGAGAUUCCUCUAGCCGCUCACAGCCCGCAGACUACAGCAGCAGCUCUGACCGCUCAGAGGAACUGAGGACACCUGACUCCAUUGAUGAGCCCUGGGAGACUUCAGAUGGCCGGGGCAGCCCUCAGGGAGGAAGGAGGUACCCAGGGCUGCAGAUGAUGGGAAGUGGCCUACUGGCAGAAAUGAAGGCCAAGCAGGAGAGGAGAGCACACAAGUCUUCCAGCCCUGACAGGCCUGACAGCAAUGCAAAGGAGAAAACACCUCCUUGUGUUGAGACCAAGCCUGAGCCAGCUCCCCGUCUCAGGGCAACAUCUUCCUCGAGUUCCUCUGGUGUACCAGUGAGUCCGAAACCCCCGAUGCCACAGGGGGCAAAGCCUGCUCUGGCUGCGCGACCCACAAUCCCCCAGAAACCGAGGAGCGCUAGCAGCAGCAGCACCAAGAGUAUAGAUGAGGGUCCAGACUCCCCUAGCAGUGGCAGCUUGUCUCCAAAAGUCACAACUCUUCCUCCCACGCUGAAGAGGAUGCAGCCAGAAAAAGAGAAAGAUGGACAGACAAGUCUGCAGUCAGCAAGCAAAACCACACAGGAUGUGAAACCAGGGUCUGUGUCAGACUCGGUCCAGAGACCCAGUCCUUUCCGGACCAACUCUGAGGAUCACAGCUCCCUCAAGACCAAGGACCAACCUCCAAACCGAGACAAGGACAAGACAUCGAGCAAGAAGUCAUCAGACUCUGGGGAGGAGGCAGACAAAGACUUUAUUUUGAUAUGAGUGAGACAAAUGUGUUGACAAGCCUCACAUUUUCCUUUUUUAAGAUUAACUUAAGGGCAAUCUUGUCAGCAUGUUUUCAUUUAUAUUGGAGGUUUUUCCUGUCUGACCACAAUAUACAAGUCAUUCUUGGUUUGCAGAAAGACCUGCUGAAAUAUCAGGUAACACACUGUUAGUCCAUUUUUCAGUAAUAACAAGUCACUGAGUAAACCAAACCUAAGAGCUUCCUUCUCACUAACAGCCUUUUGUAACAAGCCUGCUGUAUGGUGAAAACAUUACGUCUCUAACAAAAAAUCUAUCAGAGAGGAUUCGAGGGAAUGGGUACGAGGUUAAUUAAGCUUUGAAUUGAAUUUUAAGUUUUGGAAACCAUGUGAAAAAAGAGACUUGAUGCUUUUAGGAAAUAGCAGACUUUUUUUGUGCUAAAGACAGAAACAGACUGUGAAAAAUAAGAAUAAAUGUAAAAUCUUUCAUUAUCUUAUGUCUUGUUGCCAUAAGUUUCAGUAGCUAGUUAGUUUUCCAGGGACCAAAACCACAGAACAAUAAAACCAGGAUCACUGUACUGUACUUGGACUCAAACCAGACCAAGAGUCCAUGCCAUUCUUUUCCUUCUCGAUAUAUUUGUAUAGAUUUUUCUAUUUGCUAUUUUCAGUAUGUGCAACUUUUUUCUGGACUUCAGCUAGUCUAAACUCAUUAUGCAAUUUAUCUUUUCUUUUCAGGAAAAUACAGGUUCAGCUGAGACUGUCGGCAAAUCAUUAAUCACACCUACACAUUUAAUGUAGCUUUCGUAACAGUAAAACUGCAGGUCACUAUGAGGAGGCUAACUGGUCUGAAUACAGCCUGAAUGGACCCAAAUUUGACUCUGUGGUAGAGAUUCGGAGUGACCUUUGGAAGUGUAGCUUUGAGAGGACUGUAGUACACUUAAACUUCACUGAUAACCAACCAAUAAGGCUUCAGCACUGUUACUGUGUUUGCACUUCUAUCUGAUGAAACCUUUAAAUUACAGACAACUUUAUUCAUACUGCCAACUGAGGUACAAAGUAUGUGUCUGUUGUUAGAGUGCCACCAUUGUCAUAAGCGAAACCUGACCAAAACAUUUGAAUCAAGCAGCUUAAUGUCUUGCAGGUAAUUGUUAAAAAAUGAAAUGAUUGAAUUUUAAACUGUAUGCCAGUGUGUGCCACAGUCACAUAGAUUCUAACCUGCUCACAUAGGCAGAUCCCAGCAAGUGGAUUAACAUUCUUCUGAUGUACUAAUGGUCCAUUGAAGGCAAAGAACUAACUUAAAAAGAGGAAUGCCAUGGAGAACCAGCUGAAAGGUGAUUCAAAUCCCAUUUCAUCUGCUGAUUUGAUCCAGAAUCUGACAUAAACUUAUCCAGUAUGUUCUUUGUGUAGAAGCAGGACACUGAGGGAACUCCAGCAUUUAAACACUCUCUCUCCUCAGUCAACAGACUUGAUCUUCAGUGCUUUGUAACUCAGUCCACUUUCCCUCUAUUCUGUGUAAAACACUGCAUUUACCACAAAGGAAAAUUAUCAGCAAUCUGACUGCUGUAGUUGAAAAAUAAAUACUUAUGCAGUGCCUGAAGAGAAAGUGGACUGAGGGUGGCUAUAUUCUGUGAGUAGCUUUUUCAGGUGCUGAUUGCUAAUAAAACACCACAGGUCUCAGGCCAACUCCACUUAUCUUUGUCUUUUAAGAGCAAGUUGUGUCCUUUUAACGCUGCUGCAAAAUUAGAAAACAGGAUCUGAAGUAAUUAUUUAAUUUGAAAUUGAUCAUGAUUGUGUUAUUAAUUGACAAGUAGAAAAAAAAUCUUAAUUUAAUCAGUUUUGACCCAAUGCAUCUGAUAGUUUUCUCUGACAUAAAACCAUGCUUCCUCUCUUCAUCUGUACGUUUGGACAGACAUAGAGCCGUUGUAUUAGAAAAUGCUGAAUUCAUGAUGCAGCAUAAGUAAAGUCUUUACAAUUUUCAAAUGAUAAAUACUAUCAGUAUGCAACUGAGAACUUUGACUGAGAAGCUUUUACUCAGAUUUUCCCAGAAAUGGAAACACAUUCUGACCCUUUACACCAGUCCAAAAAUCCAGAGACAUCUAUACAUACUUUAAUAUACUCCAACUCUUAUACAAGCAGCAACACAGACCUACAACCACUAUGAGUAAUGGCAUCAUACUGCAUAUAAAUAAGUCAGCAUUAUUACCCAUCAAACUAAUAUUUCAGUCUACCAGCUUCAUAAUUACUUUUCUUUUGACAAUGUGGUUGAUGUCUGUCAAAGUGUGCUGCAACUUUAACUUGAAAUCUGCACUAACCCUCUUUCUUACAUGUAGUGUGAAGGGGCACACCUUGAAUUCAACUUUACUGUACUGUACCAGUCUUAUUAAAGUCAGGGCCAAAGGUCUCACUAGUGCACCUUUCCUAUAGUGUAUGUUAUUGUCUUGUUGAAUGAUUUAAAAAAAACAAAAACAUUUUGCUCCUUUAUCAUUAAUAAUGGCUUAAUGGGAAUAACACUUUUUCCUGUAAAUAGUUGAUCCGUCUCUGAUGUCAACAGCUGCUUUGGCUUUCUGUCUCAGUCUCAAAAGUCAGACUUUAUUUUUAUUUAAUAAAAGUUCCAGGACACAGGAAAAAUACUUCAGUCAGGUGCUGUACUGCGUUCACUGUUUUUUCCUGGCAAAGGGAGGUAACACAGUGGGGGUCAUGUUUUCCUCCAUUUUGGGGUUUCAGAAGCAGCUGGCUGUGUUUCUGUCGAGAUGUUUGAAAGAAUGAUGAUGAGGACUUCCUGUUUUAGCCUGAAAAUGAGCAUCCACUUCCUUUCUGAUGGUGCACGGAAAUGGAGAAAGUGAAAAUAAACAGUCUAGACUCCUGAGUCUAUAUGUAUGUGUGUGACUGCAUGAUGUGAGUUGUACUGUAUGUAUAUAUGUGCUUUCAUACACAUAGGAGUGUGCGUGUGUAUAUAUGUAUGUGUAUUAUACACACAUGUAACAUUCACACUGUGACUAAUCACACUCCUAUCCGAUGACUGCUAAUCCUCUGUAUAUUGUUUUGGUACUAAGUACACUACUAUACUAGGGGUUUGUUUGUAACUUAUUUGGAAUAAAAACUGCGGCCGGUGAUGUCUAACUUUCUCUUGUCUCUCCUCUCACAUGUACAUUGUGUUCAUAAAUGUAGAAUUUAAUUCUUUGUAUGUAUUAAUUUGUUAUCACAUGUAAUUAAUUUUAUGUUACUUUCAUCAUGAUUCAUAGAAAAGAAACAUGAUGCAGAACAAUGACUGUUUUCCUUGAGCCAGAAAAAAAAUUACAAAUGACAUGUUGCUCAUUAUUUGUUCCAUUUUUUCAUGAUCAAUACGUUCUGCAGGUGUUUGACAUUUCUUCAUGUUGAUGUUAAUAUUGAUUAAAAUAAUUUUACAGGCUUGAAAA